CGUCUGUAGGAUCUGCAGCAGCUGCAGCUGCAGCGGCGGCUGGUCUGUGGACCGGGAUGGGCCGGUGCUGGGCGGUGGGGGGAUGAGAGGAAAAGGUGGGAGUGACCGAGGAGAGGGAGGAAAGAGGAAACACGUAGAGCCCUGGUAGAGCCACAACACAACACUCCCUGAGUGAGAAAAAAAAGAAGCCUGUGCGCAGAUCCAGCCUGAAGGAGCGAACUGCCUUCUGGAGGAGCAGCCCGCGGGAGCAUCUAUUGUUCGGAUAGAGGGGCUUGUUUCUGCGGUUUUCCUGGGGUCACCCAUGGUAAGCUCAGGGACAAUGGAGGAAUUCGUAACCGAAGAGGAAGAGCCGUGGUACGACCAGCAGGACCUGGAGCAGGACCUCCACCUGGCGGCAGAACUGGGGAAGACUCUGCUGGAGAGGAACAAGGAGCUGGAGGACUCCCUGCAGCAGAUGUACAUCACUAAUGAAGAGCAAGUGCAAGAGAUUGAAUACCUAUCAAAGCAGCUGGAUGUUCUUCGGGACAUGAACGAGCAGCAUGCCAAAGUGUACGAGCAGCUGGACGGGACCGCCAGAGAGCUGGAGCGCACGAACCUCACACUGGUGAUGGACAGCAAGGCCUCCCAGCAGAAGAUAGGGAGGUUAACAGGGACCAUUGAGGCUUUGCAGAACCAGGUGGAGUCUCUCUCAGGGCAGGUGGAGCAGCUUCGCUCCAUGGAGCAGCUGCGAGUCAGGAGGGAGAAGAGGGAACGACGCAAGACCAUACACUCCUUCCCUUGCCUGAGGGAGCUUUGCACAGCACCCAGGUAUGAGGAUGAGUUUGUAGUCGGCAGGGCUGAGAGUUUUUCCGUGGAUGUGAAGCCUCAACCGUUUGAAGAGGAGAACCAGCACCUAAGGGAGGCGGUGUCGGCCCUUCGAGCGGCUGUCCGGACAGAGAGGGGGCGUAGAGAGGGGGUGGAGAGGGAGUGCAACCUCCUACUUGCAGAAUUCUCCCGGCUGCAGACACGAGUCCAGGACGCUGAGAGCUGCCAGGGGAGGGUACGGGAGCUGGAGGUGGAGCUACAGGAGCUGCAGCAGCUACGUCGCGCUCGGAAUUUCCUGCUGAGCAGCGAGGACGACGGCGUGACUCUUACCCAGACUGUCCUCAAUAACACCCCAGAGACUGACACCUUCCUGGAGGUGGAGGUCGGGGAGACGGGAGGAGGUGUGAGGGAGGAGAGUGAAGGGGGAGGAGGUGUGGGAGGUGAGGCGCUCCCUGAGUCCAGCCCUGUGAGGAAAAGCUGCAGCGACACGGCGCUCAACGCCAUCGUGGCCCGCGAUGCGUCCGGCCGCAGGAGAGGCAGCUACGCCCUCCACGCCAACAGUGUGAGGAAGAGAGGGAUGUCCAUCCUCAGGGAGGUGGAUGAGCAGUACCACGCCUUACUGGAGAAAUAUGAGGAGUUGUUAGGGAAGUGUAGGCGCCAUGAGGAGAGCCUGUGUCACGCUGGGGUCCAGACUUCCAGACCGGUUUCCCGAGACCCGUCCAUGAAAGACUGUGCUAUGGGCCCCACCCCGGCGCCUCCCCCUACCCCCACCCAGUCGCCGUCCACCCCCGAGGCCAUUGAGAGCAUCAGCAAGCAGGUGGAGGCGGUAGAUAAGAGGCUGGGACAGAACACUCCAGAGUACAAGGCCCUUUUUAAAGAGAUCUUCUCUCGUAUCCAAAAGACCAAGAUGGACAUCAAAGCUACCAAAGCUGCUAAAUCUAGCAAAUCUGGCAAGUCUGGCAAGUCUAGUAAACAGUAAAGGUACAAUGAUUGGCUCUAGAGAGGACAAUUAUGCCAUUUCAGUGUAAAGGGCUGAAGUUUGUGAACAGGGGCUUGGUGUAAACAUUCUUAGAGGAAGCUAUUUUGGAAAGAAACUAAAUUCAAGUACAAGUCAAUUCAAUGGAGAUCAAAUCAGAGCGUGCCGUUUUAAACCAGAUCUGAAACCUUAAAAUCUGAUCUGCAUGUGAUCAAUUUUAAAACUCUUCGAUAUUCAGUCACACCUAUUAAACGUGAAUGAAUUACUAGUUUAGAACUAGUUUGAUUUCACCCCCGUCCUGUUCUUUUAUUCAAUGUUCCUACUGAAUAGUGGCUUCACUGCCUUACUACUUUUAGAUUAUAUACCACAAUAAUACAAUAAUAGCAAUAUGCCUCUCAUGAGCUUCACAAGUGCACUAAAUGUUAAAGCUUCACAAAAUAAAACAAUAGAAAAUGGCAUCUCUGAUGAAAACAUGAGUGGAAAUCUAAAUCUAAUAUUAACAUGAACUGUAUCUGUUAAGUUUAUUAUAAUGGACUCUACUAACAUUUGUGUGAUUACAGCAAGAAAGACAAAGAUCGAUCCUCUCAGGCCACAGUGCAGUCUCGAGGUGCUAAUAAUUCUCUUCCAAUUACAUUUAUCACUUUACAAAUACACACUGUUCAAAAUAAGCCUUUAGUCUGGAAGAUUAGGAGGAUUAAUCUCUCUUGCACCAUUCUCUGUUUGAUCUUACUGCUUUUUUAAAGUUUGUGGUGCCUCGCCCUUUUAUCUAGAGAUUUCGAGGAAUGGCUUUAUUCCUGAGUUUGAUUAAAAGAUUGACACCACUCAUGUCUAAAAUGUAAAUAUGAAGCUACAGCAUGCAGCCGUUUAGCUUAGCAUAAAGAUUGGUAACAAGGUUAACAGCUAGCCUGGCUCUGUCCACAACACAUUUCUCGGCCAGGAGCUGAAAACACAAGCUCUUGUUUUUACACUUUGUUUUUUGAAUGGAUUGUCUGAACAAGAUUUAAUGUGUUAGUUAGCGAGCUUUACAGGUGUAUUUUGGUAGCUUUGGACAGAGCCAGGCAAGCUGUGUUCAGUCUUUAGCUAAGCAAGCUAACCGGCUGCUGGCUGUAGCAUGAUAUUUAGCAUUCAGACAUGGCAGUGGUAUCAAUAUUCUCAUCUGUAGGCAAGAAUAAGCAUAUUUCUUAAAACAUUGAACUAUGGUGGACUAAUGUUGAUUACUGUAAUACUUGUGUUUAUGUUCUUCUUUCAUUCAAAGUGCUCAGAUACCUUUGGAGAUCAAGUGAAAAAGGGAUGCUAACUUUAUAACUUCAGGAAAGGAACCCAGACUGGAAACUUAUUUUACAUUUAUGAAUAAAAUACGCUCUCCCUCCACUGUGUUAAAGUCACUUCAGCUCUCUUAUGAGUACUGAAGUGUGUCAACUGGACAACGUCAGCCCUUUGGUAAUAGCUCAAAGAGAUACAGGAAGCAUUGUUUAUCUAUAAUAGUGAGUGAUAUCUACAGUAACGUUAUAGGCUAUAGUUUAGAUAGAUAAACCCGUUUGUGUUUUGAAUGUGUAGGAGUGAUGAUCCCACUAAAUGCUAAAGAGCUGCUGUCUUGCAGAAGACAAUCUCUGCAGAUUUGUAUUUUCACUAUUUCCUGGGCAUUACGGGCACUCAUCAUGUGGAACAUAAACAUUUUGACGGCUGUGAAGCUGAGAAGUCAUAUGAUGGUUUUGCACCAUAUACGGUAUAAAGAAAAACCUCCAGUGGUGAAUGAAAUAUUCUUAGGAGCUUUUGUAUACAAGUGUUGAGACUAUUUUCCUUUAAUUAAAGCUAGACAGACACACUAUACAGUAGAAUAACCAGUAAGGCUUCAAACCAGGGCUUUGUCUAACACCUAGCAGUCUUGCCAAACUAUAAAACUAACCUGCAAACAUAUUGCACCUUUUUUCACAAUAUACAAAACCUUUGCCUUUUUCUGGGUAACCUCGUAUGAAUAAACCUUUGUUAUAAUGAAUGUUAUUACAGCUAAUUUUAUAUCUAAUUCUUCAGCAAAGAUUAAACAUAGCCACGCUUUAAACCUCUCACAUGUGACACAGCUGACACCUAAUGGGACCCCACACUCGUGUUUGAGGCUGAUGUGUGUAAAAUGACUGAAGGGUGGAUGAUUGGCUGGUACUGAAAUCAGAGAGGAAUCCCGUUACCUCCAGAUAAAGUAAAGGACAAUUUACUGCUGCAGCAAUUGAAUGCUGUUGGACAACUGUGAGGUUUAUUUGAGGAUAAAAUUCCUGUCUUUCAGAAUGAUGCAAGAGCAUGGAGGGAGGAAUGUGUGUUAGCAGAGACAAAACAAUGCCAAACCAGAGCCUGUUAUCAUUUGUAAAGGCUCAUGAGGUUUCUGUACUGUAAUGUCUUACCUAUUGCACUUGAAAAUGUUUGACGCCUCAUUCUUUGCAUAUUUAGGAUAGCUAAUAUGAAAUUGUACCCGUGUAUUUAUUUGUGUGAAUGUUUCUUAAUAUAUUUUUUUUUACUUUUUCAGUGCCUAUAUGUGAAUGUCACUAACAUCAGUUGUCAGAAUAAACCUAUUUCAUGCUUUACUUAUAUUAUCUUAUGUAUGCAUUAUUAGUUAAUAAGAUAUUGGCAUUAAAGUUGAGUCUGCUCUGGUAUUAGUUCAUAUCAUUACUGAACUAAGACCUUCUUUACCGUGUUAAUAAAGCAUUGAUGCAA